AUGUUUACGAUCCUCCUGCUGAGCCUUUGCGGCCUAUGCGCUGGAUAUGAAGCGUAUCACGACACACAGUCAUGCGGCGAAAACCGCGGUAAACUAAUGGACGACAACACUCGCUAUAAGAUCUUAUAUUACCACGAAGGAACUCGAAAUGUACUUGCUCUGGGAGAGUCGCCAGGCUAUGCAACUGGUUUCCUUCCACCCGCUAAGAAAUUUAUUCAAAAUAGUAAGUUCGCAGUUAACCUCAAACAGUGCUUCGCUCAAAAUUCAAUUUCGAUGACAGUUGAUGUAGUGAAUUGCCGAAACUGA